AUGUCUCAAGCAAUAACUGAUCUAAUCCAUGAACUUUUCAUUAAAAACCGAAUCCAUUUUGAUAUUUUAAUGUAUGGAAACCUGACAUGUAAUUCAUUGGACCUAAUCAACAUGAUUGAAAUGAAAAAUGAUGGAAAUUUUGCUGAGAAGGUUCGAAAAAUCGAACCUGAAUUGUGGGACCACAAGAUAUAUAAAUCAGCAGUGAUUUUUACUAAAAAUAUGAACACGGUCAAUCAUUUGGUUUUAAAUGCAACUUUAGAUAGUCCAUUCCCUCAUCGAAUCAGCUUUUUGAUGUAUUGUGAAGAUUUAAAUGAAACUAGUUUAGCAAAGUUAUAUGUUCCAUUUAAUUUAAAUCCUGAUGAAGGAAUGAUUUCAAUCUAUCAAUACUUUUUAAAUAAUAAUAAAACUUCAAUAGACUUAUUAACUAUAGAGUGGUACACAGAGAAAGAUUGUAGCAACGAUCAAAUUGUAAUGGUAAACUCGUUCAACAAGAAAUCAAAAUCUUGGAACAAAAAUUUAGUAAUUGAAGAAAAAUUCAAACAAUUUCAUGGAUGUAUGUUGACAGUCGGAUUAAGGCCAAGCUAUAUGAUGACAAACAUUUAUAGAUUUGGAUCUCAACCUUUUGGACCAAUAGUGGAUUUGUUUAAGGCAAUGGCGUAUGUUGGAAAUUUUACUUAUAAUUAUCAACUUUAUCUUUAUUUACCCGAUGAGAAUAACAAACUUGUUAAAGAAAAUAUUCCUAAGGAUGGAACUGUAAUUGAACCCAAUGCUGCUUUUCAAAUUGCUGUUUUAAAGUCUUCUCCACUUUUGUAUAAAGAAAUACACUUUUUGACUUCAUUUCACGAGGAAAAGGUUUCAUUUCUGAUAGCUCCAAGUGAACCUUAUGACUCAUAUGAAAAAUUAUUGUUUCCAUUUGAUUUCUGGACAUGGAUUUAUCUACUUGUUAUUUUUGAGUGUUCAUUCCUGUCAAUAUUAAUAAUCAACUGGCUUCCUGUAAAAAUUCAGGAUCUUGUCUAUGGUGAGAAUGUUAUGACACCUGCAUUAAACGUUGGAGCCAUAUUUUUUGGAAUGUCACAAACUCAAGUUCCAUUUAAAAGCUUUCCACGAAUAAUACUCAUUACAUUCAUUUUUUUCUGCUUAGUAAUGCGAACUGCAUAUCAAGGUGUACUUUUUGAAAUGAUUGCUGCUGAUAUAAGAAAACCACCGCCACGAACUAUUGCUGAAUUGUUUGCCAACAAUUAUUCCAUAUACUCUAUUAAUAUUCUUCAGGAUUCAAUUACAAGUUUACUGACAAAAGAAGAACGGUAUGAAUCAGAAAUUUGA